AUGCUCGCCUCAGUCAACCUUCCGAGCAUUGCGCUUUACAUAGCACUGUUCGCAUCCUUUGCUUUUGGUGCAAACCUUAACCAACCUCGAAUAGCUUGCGCUAUGUUCAAGUGCAAUGGUGCUACUCGCUUUCCCCCUCUCUCACCCUCCAACAACAACCUUAAUGCGGCGCAGUUGGUCCAGUACGAAUUUCUUAUCAACACGACAAAGAAGAUUUACGGGGACACCAUUAUCACGGAAGGUCCUGAUGGGUCACUUCAAGGCCCCUUUAACCAGUUGCUCUACACGCCUACCAUUAUACAGGCCUGGACCGCUCAACAAGUGGGCGUCGCCGGUUUAUUGACCUCAAGGGAAAACGAGGCCGCCGUCCUUGGAAUCCUAUCAAUCAAUAGAGCUACAUAUGGACUCUACGCGCAUACGCUCUUAGCCCAGAAAGCCGGGUUCACGUUGGAGCAAGUCUUAUCUAUGUUGGCAGGUUACUGUGCAAUUGGCAUCUCAACACGUGAGAGCGCCAUCUAUAACCUAGCUGUCAAGCUAGCCCAGAUGAGGGGACCGUUAGACCAAGCAUCCUAUAACGCUGCCUUUACUGUACUAGGACAUGAAGGUGUUGAAGCUACCAUUCAGCAGUCUGCUGCCUUCUCUUAUUCGGCUAUGAUGUUGAAUGCUGGGGAUGUGUGUGUGCCCCAGGGUGCGGGGUGUUGA